GUUAUUUUAUUUAUUUUUUAUUUUAUUUAAUAUGUUACACGAGGGUAUAUAAAUAGUUAAUUACAAUCGAAACUUGCUACAAAUCACUGUUAAAAGUUAUUGCAUACAUCAAUGAAGUGAAUUUGGAGUCAAAUUAUAUGUGUGUAUAUAAAAAGUAGUCAAAGUCAUAAUGAAUGCACUAUAGCUUUUAUAAUGUAUAUUAAUUUAAACUGCUGAAAAAAAGUCUAGAAACGAUAAAUGAUCGUUCUCGUCGCUAAUUAAAUAAACAAUGAAUAUUUCAAAGAUGUAAAGGCCAAUAAAAAAAAUCAUGAUGAAGAUGCAAUUGUUGACCUUAAUAAUUUAUCUAUAUGGUGGCGUCGUUAGUGCAAGAACUGAAGAAGACCAGGCAUCUUCUCCUGCAGCCCACACAGAGAUAAGGGUUAGCGUUCCACCACCAGAGAGAUGCUUUUAUCUUGAAGCUAAUGAAUGUCCAAAAAUAGAAAGUCCUGAUAGUUGUCCAUGCAAAAGAAUUCCAAUUUUAUCGCAUACAAAUUCUGAAGAAAAUGCAGUUUUUUGUUGUAAUUUAAACAGUAAAACUUUUGAGACUGGUUUAACGUGUGCAAACUUUCCAUUAAAUGUUUCAUAUAUUCAUAUUAGAAAUACAACUUUAGACACAUUUAACGUAAGCGAAGUGAAAUGGAGAAGACUGAAAUCAUUAGCGAUCACUGACGGUAGGAUUAAUCGUAUCAAAGGCCAAUUUCUUAUGAUGACACCUACUCAUUGUUUAAACUUAUCAAAUAAUGCUCUCAUGGAAAUUGAAAAUAAUUCAUUUACAAGACUUGCUCAGCUAACGAGUCUUGAUCUUUCAUACAAUAAUAUUACACAUUUACCUGCUUUAAAUACCAUGAAUGGCCGGGAGUUUUGGCUUGAUAUUUCAGGGACUAAUACUCUUUGGUGCCAUGAUGUUUAUCAAUAUAUUAAUAAAACUGGUGAAAAACAAAUUAACUUCAAUCGUGAGAAUGAAACUGUUUGCUCAGCUAGUAAAACUUGGCAUUGGUUCAAUACCACUGAACAAGUUCCAUUGAAGCAAGUUCGAUACUUGAGCCUGUUACAAACUGAAUGUCCAAAAGGAGAUAACUGGCAGUGUCAUUGUAGUUUUGCACGGUUAGAUAUUGUCCAAGGGCAAAAACCAAUUUUAGCUGUUGAAGUUGAUUGCAGUAGUAUUCAAUUGACAAAAUUACCUGAAAAGCUACCACGAAAUACGAUAUUUCUUAAUGUCUCCUAUAAUAAUAUUACGGCACUUGAUGAUAUCAGUACAAAUCCAUGCUAUCAAGAUCUUCGUAAAUUUUAUGCAGAUUAUAAUAACAUAUCUUCAAUAAACAAACUGGAAGGUUCAAAGUUUUCUGAUUCUUUUGAUUUUCUCAGUCUUCGUUAUAACAAACUUAAAUCAGUACCAACAUAUAUUUUAUCACCAAAUGGUCAUGAUCAACAAUAUUUAGGUUCAAGAUACGUGAAACUAGGCGGUAACAGAUUAUAUUGUGACUGUAAUACAGCCAAACAUUUAAAAGCUUGGCUUCAAACUAAAAUUUUAGAUUCUGAAGAGGUUCUUUGUGAAAAUGUUAAAGAGAAAGUAAUUGAUCUUGAUUCAUCAAAAAUGUGCGUAUAUCCAGGUGAUUGGACCGAUUAUAUUUAUUAUAUCAUUGCGACUGAAAUAAUAUUACUAGUAAGUUUAAUAACAAAAGUAUCAUACGAUUAUUGGAUAUUUAAAACAGCAGGGUAUCUUCCGUGGCCUGCAAAUAAAUUACCUAAAUUACCUUGUGAUUGGCUAUGUGAGACAUAUAGCAAAAUGACUAAAGCACCCGCCGUUGGUAUUGAUCUUGGAACAACCUAUUCUUGUGUUGGAGUUUUUCAACAUGGAAAAGUUGAAAUUAUUGCCAAUGACCAAGGAAACAGAACGACGCCUAGUUAUGUCGCUUUUACGGAUACUGAGCGGCUUAUCGGAGAUUCUGCUAAAAAUCAGGUUGCAAUGAAUCCUAACAAUACUAUUUUUGAUGCCAAAAGGUUAAUUGGACGUCGUUUUGAUGAUGCUACGGUUCAAGCAGACAUGAAACAUUGGCCUUUCACAGUUGUAAAUGAUGGUGGAAAGCCAAAAAUUCAAAUUCAAUAUAAAGGUGAAACAAAAACUUUUUUCCCCGAGGAAGUGAGUUCUAUGGUUCUCGUGAAAAUGAAGGAAACAGCUGAAGCCUAUUUGGGACAGACUGUUAGCAAUGCCGUGAUUACUGUACCUGCUUAUUUUAAUGACUCACAACGACAGGCCACAAAAGAUGCUGGCACAAUUUCUGGCUUGAACGUAUUGCGAAUCAUCAAUGAACCUACUGCUGCUGCCAUAGCCUAUGGAUUAGAUAAAAAAGCAAGUGCUGAACGUAAUGUUCUUAUUUUUGACUUGGGAGGCGGUACUUUUGAUGUAUCAAUUCUCACCAUUGAAGAUGGUAUUUUUGAAGUUAAGUCAACUGCCGGAGACACUCAUCUUGGAGGUGAAGAUUUUGAUAAUCGUAUGGUUAAUCAUUUCGUUCAAGAAUUCAAACGUAAAUUCAAGAAGGAUCUUUCGACCAAUAAACGAUCUCUUCGUCGUCUAAGAUCAGCUUGUGAACGGGCAAAAAGAACUCUCUCUUCCUCAACUCAAGCUAGUAUUGAAAUCGAUUCACUUUACGAGGGUAUUGACUUCUAUACAUCAAUCACUCGUGCUAGAUUUGAAGAACUCUGUGCUGAUCUUUUCCGUAGUACUUUAGAGCCCGUUGAAAAGUCACUACGAGACGCAAAAAUUGACAAAUCUCUUAUUCACGACAUCGUACUUGUUGGAGGUUCUACUCGUAUUCCUAAAAUUCAAAAAUUGCUUCAAGAUUUCUUCAAUGGAAAAGAACUUAAUAAGUCAAUUAAUCCUGAUGAAGCUGUUGCCUAUGGUGCUGCUGUUCAAGCAGCUAUUCUUCAUGGUGAUAAAUCUGAAGCCGUUCAAGACCUUCUUCUUCUCGAUGUUACUCCAUUAUCUCUUGGCAUAGAAACGGCUGGUGGUGUUAUGACCGCUCUCAUUAAACGUAAUACAACUAUUCCUACCAAACAAACGCAAACAUUUACUACCUAUGCUGACAAUCAACCUGGUGUAUUAAUUCAGGUCUAUGAAGGUGAACGUGCUAUGACCAAAGACAAUAACUUACUUGGUAAAUUUGAACUUUCUGGUAUCCCACCAGCACCACGUGGAGUUCCACAAAUAGAAGUGACGUUCGAUAUUGACGCAAAUGGUAUUCUAAAUGUCUCAGCAGCUGAUAAAAUGUCAGGAAAAGAGAAUAAAAUUACAAUCACCAACGACAAAGGACGACUCAGCAAAGAAGAUAUUGAACGAAUGGUCAAUGAAGCUGAAAAAUACAAGAAUGAAGAUGAAAAACAAAAAGAAACAAUCACGGCUAAAAACGGCCUCGAAUCUUAUUGUUUCAACAUGAAGAGCACCGUUGAAGAUGACAAACUCAAAGACAAAAUUAGUGCAACUGACAAGCAAACAGUUCUUGAUAAAUGUAACGAGAUCAUUAAAUGGCUCGAUGCUAAUCAAUUAGCAGAAAAAGAAGAGUAUGAGCACAAACAGAAAGAGCUAGAAAGCAUAUGUAAUCCAAUUAUUACAAAACUUUAUCAAGGAGCUCAAGGUAUGCCAGGUGGUAUGCCAGGAGGUAUGCCUGGUGGAAUGCCUGGAGGAAAUAUGCCUGGUGGUUCGUUUGGUGGAAGUGGAGCAUCUGGUCCAACCAUUGAAGAAGUUGAUUAAAGUUAAAUAAAGGCUGAUUUAAACGACAUCUAAAAAUUUCUUUUUUUAUAAUUUUUGUUAUAAUUUCGUCAAGUUGACUCACUAGUAUGUUGACAUUACUAAGUUGAGAUAAAAUUCAUCAAUAAAAAAUAUUCGAUCGUA